AUAUUCUCUAAACUUGAUAAUUUCUACCAAAAACGUGGGCUUUGAUCCGCCCUGAGGAGCCUUCAAGUGUAGCUCAAAAAGAAUGAAGGCUAAUAAUCUAUUGAUGAAACUUCUUCACGUAGUCUGAGGUAACUCUUUCUAGCUCCAUGGAAACAUAGAGAAAAAAGUCGUGCUUCAAAUCACGAUCUGUUAAUGCACCGGAACCACUAAUUGCAGCCCAUUAGCUAAUUUAUUUGCUUAAAAUGGAAAGGGAGCAAGCAUAAUAAAUAAAAGAAGGCUACCCGAGAUGUCAAGUGUGAGAGUGCCCAAGAUGGCGGCCCGGUUCUUCACGCGUUUGAAGAGCUUAGCGCCUCAACCAAAAUAUUGCCAAAAAGUCCGCUCAACUUAUAUAACUGUUCCUACAAAAAGCUCGUGUGAUUCGCGGAUUACACCUAUUAGUUGCGCAUGUGGUCAUUUGCGGUAUUUCAGCGCUGGAAAGAGGGUUUUCCCUUCUCGCUCUGCAAGUAGACGGUGUGUAGUGGAAAAGCGUGGUUGCAUAAGACCAGUGCGCUGUUGCACGUAUGGAGCAAACUCUGACAGAAAUAACAGGUGUUACUCCACAUCAAUUGGCAGCAAGGAGUCCUAUGAUGCAGAAGCUAAUGUGAAGCUUAGACUAUCUGGACUAUGUGGAAGAAUAAAACAUGAGCUGAAUACAUCUGUUAAAACUUUACAGAGGGUCUCCCAUUAUUACUUUGAUGGCAAAGGAAAAUAUAUAAGACCUAGAAUAGUCUUGCUAAUGGCGGCUGCUACCAACUACCAUUCACACAGAUCACGAGUUAUUUUGCACGACCAGGAGACUGCAGCAAUGAUCAGCGAAAUGAUCCACACUGCAAGCUUAAUACAUGAUGACGUCAUAGACAGGGCAGACACCAGACGUGGCAAAGUAGCUAUCAAUCUUAUGUAUGGUGAUAAAAACUGUAUUCUUGCUGGAGACUAUAUACUCUCCCGUGUAUCACUGGCUAUAGCAAGAUUUGGAAAUGUGGAAGCUGUUAAACUAUUGGCAGAAAUUGUUGAUGAAUUAGUAAGAGGUGAAUUCAUGCAGCUUGGUUCAAAAGAAAACCCAGACGAGAGGUUUACACAUUACCUUAAGAAAACCUACAAGAAAACUGCAAGUCUUAUAGCUUGCUGCUGCAAAACAGCAGUCUUACUAGGGGACUCACCCCCAGACAUACAAGACAUUGCAUUCCAAUAUGGCAGGAAUGUUGGUAUAGCAUUUCAGCUUGUAGAUGAUGUCCUAGACUUUGUAUCCAGCAAACAAGAGAUGGGUAAAGCCACUGCAGCAGACCUUAAACUUGGACUAGCUACUGCUCCAGUGUUGUUUGCAUGUGAAAAGUUCCCUGAUCUGAACUCUUUGGUGAUGCGGCGUUUUAAAGAGCCUGGUGAUGUAGAGCAAGCAUUUGAUGCUGUCUAUCAGAGUGAUGGGAUCUCACGAACAUACGACCUCGCUAAUCAGUACGCCAAAGAGGCCUUGCGUCAAGUCAACAAACUCGACUCCUCCCCUGAGCGUCAAGCAAUCAUCAACAUAACACACAAAAUAUUGAACAGAAGAAACUAGCGCAUGUUAGCACCGCUAUUCUAUUGCGAGGACCGCCAUAUUGAACAGAAGAAACUAGGGUAUUCCCGUAACAUCCCUCCAUCUGUUUCACACUACAAACACAGCUGGCGCCAAAGUAUGCAUCGGGUUUUUAUCGGAGUCACCAGAACAACAACCAUUUUUAUCCACUUUUCAAAUGGAGAUAUCAAGAAAUUGUGCGAAAAUUAAUAACAUUAUAUGAAGACCAUUUCCUCGUUCGCCAUUUCGAAAACGCCUGAGCACCGUGAAAACUAAAAGCCGUUACCAUCAGAAGCCUCUAUUCCGUGUGGUUUUCGCCAGCUUAUCAUAGAGAGCCUGUAAGAAAAGGAGUGAAAGAAAAGGGCAAUACAUUGGGUACAAUACUAGUUUAAAUUUUGCUGUAAGACAUUUUAAUUCAAAAGCUAAAAGAGAUUGGUUAUCGAAUGUAAAGACAAUUUUCCUUGUAAUAUAAAACCAUUGCUUUUUAUUUAUGUCCACACUUAAGAUUUAUAAUAAAUACAAGAUAAUUAA